AUGGGAACAGAAGGACAGCAGUUUGUCUUCGACCAUCAGCCGAAGAUCCCCAAUCGACUGGCGAAACCUCCACCCGAUCAUUCUCCAUUCUUCGGACAAAGACACGGUCAUGAUGAUGGUGAUCGUUCCACAGAGUCGGAAUUUCUCACUCAGGCCGACGAUGAGCUGCAGUUAGAUGCCUUUGACCUCGAGUUAUUGGCUCAAUCUGAUGGAGGAUGGAGAAGCUAUCCUACCGUUUCUGACGCUGAUGGUGUUACAACCUCGAAUCAGUUGCAGGAGUCUUAUAAUGAACGUCCUUCUCAGCAGGACUCCUCUUUCUUUAGCUCCAAAGCUGAGACGACGCCACUUCGAGGACUGGAGUCUAGUGGCUCUGAGUUGGGGACUCCUUCAAGUCCUCUGACUCGAUUGCAACUCAGGAAGGUAAUUCCUUUAACCCGACAAGAUGAUCAGGGUUCAAGGGAAGCUCGCCAGGGGCGUCCUUCCCGGAACCCAUACGAGGGACUGUCCUCCCAUACAAGUAGAGAGCUAUCUUCUUCGACUCACCAUACUGGUGAGACACCUUUCAUGAAUAUCCCAAUUUCUGUUCGCGGGAUAAAGCUUGUCUCUGUGAACGAGCUCCCGGUUCACUUUCGAUCUAUGUUCGGCUUUCCCUUGUUCAAUGCCAUUCAAUCCAAGUGCUUCCGACCCGUGUAUAAGGGUAAUGAUAAUGUUGUGCUCGCAGCACCUACCGGGAGUGGCAAAACAGUUGUCAUGGAACUGGCUAUCUGCCGCUUACUGAAUAGUUUGAAAGAUGAACGUUUUAAAGUUGUUUAUCAAGCUCCCACCAAAUCCCUUUGCGCUGAGAGAUAUCGCGAUUGGAACGCAAAGUUCUCCUCUCUGGAUCUUAAAUGUGCAGAGCUGACCGGUGAUACUGACCAUUCCCAGCUGAAGUCCGUUCAGACUGCUCAAAUAAUCAUCACGACUCCGGAGAAAUGGGAUAGUGUAACAAGGAAGUGGAAGGACCAUUCACGACUGAUGCAGCUGGUUAAGCUGUUUCUUAUAGACGAAGUCCACAUUCUCAAGGAAACCCGUGGAGCCACUUUGGAGGCUGUCGUCUCUCGCAUGAAGUCCUUCGGGUCGAACAUUCGGUUCAUUGCCUUGAGUGCUACUGUUCCCAAUUCCGAAGACAUUGCGACCUGGCUCGGUAAAGAUGCAACAAAUCAACAGAUGCCGGCCCAUAGGGAGCACUUUGGCGAGGACUUUCGUCCUGUCAGACUGCAGAAGUUUGUUUAUGGGUAUCAUUCCAGCGGAAAUGAUUUCGCCUUUGACAAGAUGUGUAGCUCUAAAUUGCCUGAUAUUAUUGGUAUGCAUUCCUGUAACAAGCCAAUUAUGAUUUUCUGUUCGACACGAAACUCGGCGGUUACUACUGCGAAGGAGCUUUCCCGUUUGUGGUCUGUGACCAAUCCCCCAGCAAGAUUGUGGAAAGGGUCGAGCAAGUGCUUGAAUCUCCAGAACUUGGAGUUAAAGAGAGUGGCAUUUCAUCAUGCGGGCCUUGAUCCAGCUGACCGCCACGCUAUUGAAGCGGGUUUCUUAGGAGGACAGAUCAGUGUCAUAUGCUGCACCUCCACCCUUGCCGUGGGUGUAAACCUACCGUGCCAUCUAGUCAUUAUCAAAAACACAGUCGGGUGGCAGGAAGGUGGUUGCAGAGAGUAUUCUGAUCUUGAAAUGAUGCAAAUGCUCGGUCGUGCAGGUCGGCCACAAUUUGAUGACAGUGCUACUGCUGUGAUUCUAACGAGGAAGGAACGUGUCGGUCAUUACCAAAGGCUCGUAUCCGGGUCUCAGAAUGUUGAGAGCUGUUUGCAUCUUAAUUUGGUUGACCAUCUUAACGUGGAGAUAGGGCUGGGGACUGUCAGGGAUGUUGAAUCUGCUGUCAAGUGGCUUGCCGGUACAUUUUUGUUCGUCAGGCUAAGACGAAACCCUACUCAUUACAAAAUUAAGGAAGGCGCAAAUCAAGAAGAUGAGGACGAGAUUCUUCGACAGAUUUGUAAGAAGGAUAUUAAGCUUCUCCAAGACACCGGCUUGGUAUCAGUGGAGGGAGCUUUGCGGUCUACGGAAUUCGGCGAUGCAAUGGCCCGAUACUAUGUGCGAUUCGAGACGAUGAAGACUCUACUUUCAUUAAGUCGUAGGUCAACAAUAUCUCAGAUUCUUAACGUCAUCGCUCAAGCAGAAGAAUUUCGUGAGAUCCGGCUCAAACCAGGGGAAAAGUCACUGUACAAGGAGAUCAACAAGGCCAACUGUAUUCGCUUUCCAAUCAAAGUCGACAUAGCACUUCCAGCCCACAAAAUCUCGCUUCUCAUUCAAUCUGAACUGGGAGGAUUUGAAUUUGGCGACGGUGAACAGUUCCAGAAACAUAAGUUCUCCUUCCAGCAGGACAAGAACUUUAUAUUCAACCAUAUUAGCCGCUUGAUCCGUUGCGUUAUUGACUGUCAGAUUUGCCUUAGGGAUUCCAUUACAGCCAGGAAUGCGCUGGAGCUCGCCAGAAGCUUUGGGGGUAGAGUCUGGGAUAACUCUCCCCUGCAGAUGAAGCAGAUGGACCAGAUUGGUGUGGUUGCUGUUAGGAAACUGGCUGCUGCCGGAGUCACGAGCAUCGAAGCCCUAGAACUUACGGAGGCGUAUAGAAUUGACAUGAUUCUCAGCAAGAAUCCACCUUUCGGUAUGAAACUCCUUGCUCGACUGGGAGAGUUCCCUAAACUCAGAGUGAGUAUCAAAAUGAUGGGAAAGGAUAUAAAGCCUGGCCAUUCAGUUAAGAUUCGCUUCAAAGCUGAGGUGGCAUUUAUGAAUGAGAAGAUUCCAACGUACUUCCAGAGACGUCCUGUUUACGUCUGCUUCCUGGCGGAGACGUCGGAUGGGAGUAUCAUUGAUUUCCGGCGUAUGAGUGCAAACAAGCUUCAUGACACUCAGGAAAUACUGCUUAUUGCAGAGUUGACGAGUGCAAACCAGCAUAUCAACUGCUAUGCGAUGUGCGAUGAGAUCGCUGGAACAUUACGAUCUGCGGAAUUAAAACCUAACAUCCCAACUUUGUCUUUUCUACCGCCUCUCCCAGAUGGCACAGUCUCGGCAGCCUCAACAAACCGAACCCAGACGAAUAUAAGUCACCCACGCAAUAAUGGUUUAACCCGUCGUAAGACCAUAGACGCAUUUGACGGCGAUGAUUUAUUUGAUGAUUUCGUUUCCGCAGCCAAGGAAACGGGAACGAUAGUCAUCGAGGAUGAGCCUACAGACCUACCUCAAGAGCCAGCUCAUUCCAAAGAUCUCGUAAGAGAUAAUAAGGAAAAAGGAGGGCUCCAAUCCAUGGAUAAUGAGGAAGACUCUAUCCGACUUCCUAAUGGCAGGUGGGCGUGCAAUCACAAAUGCAAGGACAAGGCGACAUGCAAACAUUUCUGUUGUCGUGAGGGCCUUGAAAAGCCACCCAAGGCAAGCAAAAAGCCGUCUAUAGGCGGAAAUCAGCAGAGAAACAAGGCUAGUCACUUGACACUGCCGGUCAUCACAAAGAAUGUCCUACCGUCAAGCAACUGUCCACGACCGCUUCAAGAGGUUGAACAGAACAAUGUGAGACAGCCAUCUGGAGCAGACCUAUCUGUAUUUAAGGAUGCUUUAGAUGGCUAUUUGCCUGACUACCAACUCGAUGGUUUCUCUCGUCGUAAGAAGUCAUCGAGUUACUAUGAAGACGACAUCCUAUACGACCUACCAUCUUCAUCACAAUUACUCUAUGAAAGAAAAGAUGAUAUCGAUGAGAUGAUCUCGAACAAAGAAAACCAGGAUAUGCCAGGGAUUGGUAAUAUUAUCAAGGAAAAUAAAAUUCUCAAAACCCCAAAUGUCGACACGGAGUGGCUUGACAUUGACGAAUGGCUUGAUCUCGAUGCCCUUCUGGGAGAGUCCGAAACCGAGACUCCUGUGAAUGUGACCUGCACAGAACCAGCCAAACCAGCCUUGACAAAUAUACAACAUGAGUCACCAGAGACAUGGACUCCUUUAUCCAAACCAAGAGCAGAUCUGGAUCAAAAAUCCACCGGCGCCACUAACAAUCUAAACCAGCCGAGUAGUAUUACACCCAUUACAGGUUACUCAUAUCUCCAUACUCCUUGCACGCAAAAGCGGAAACCCUGCCACCAAGCAAACGAAAAUGGGCACGAGAACAGCCCGAAUGUGAAAAGGCUGAAACAAACCGAAUCAUCACACAACCCCUUGACCCAGGAGGAAAUCAUCAUCGAUAACGGGCCAACAUUGACGUCAACUUCUGCCUACCACAGUACAAAUGACGGUGCUAUUUUCGAAGACCCCGUGUUUCAGACCCCACCUGGCACCGACACUGGGGCCGUGCCUUCGAAGGACUGGGAAGAUAUCGAUCCGGCUCUGCUGGAUGAAUUCAAGGAUAUUGUUAAUUUUUUUUAAAUUGCCAACAGUAAAGAGAAUGUCACUAUUCACACCUUCUAUCACUUCCAGGCUCCUUUAAGUCGUCGCGUAGAUGAUAUCUGAGUCUGAACACGUUGCUAAUACGCCCAUCAUUUCCGGAUGUCUGUAGCAGAGAGCACUGUAGAUCAACUCGGUCCCAGAAGUGCAAUUGAUAAGUUGAGCUACCUCCAAUUGACGUGAAUACUGUGUGUACUUUGCCACAAUGUUAAUGAAGGUGCUAACAUUAGGAAUAAAUACGAAAGUGGUUUGAUCCAGUCUCUAGGUACACCCCAUAUACCCGCGCCCGUUGAAGACAAAGUCGGAUCUGACCAUGUUUAGAGCAAAUACAGGCCAUAGGAGAUGCCGAAGAGUGGUAAUUCUUGCUGACAAGUGCCAGACUGAAAAACUUCAUCGCGAAAUGGGGGUUAUAUCAUCAUAUGCCAAAGUGCUCACAACAAACUUUUACACCUAUUUUGUUCGCGUUUGCGUCAGUGCCUCCAGAACAGCGUUCGAUAUCACACCUGAUAUGGGCUCCCUUUGUUCUAGCUGGGGCAUAAGGGGGUCUCGUCGUAGAUUUCUAGGACACCACAACACGACCCUAAUUACCACGUGGGUUUUUAUUUUGUCCCUAAGAACAGGGCCAUUUUUUGUCGUAUUCAUUCCAACGCGAGACAUUCCGGGCAUCAAGGGCUGGACUUCGACAAAGAGGGCCCGAAUACCGAAUACCCUUGUUGAAUAACGAAAAGGGGGGCUUGGUGGGUACGGUAUUUAAUUCGAUGUCUUGGGUAGGACCUGGAGGUAGAGCUUCCGUUCUCCUGACUUCUUCCUGUCGACCAUUUGCUAUAGAUAGGCUGGGGCAUAUCAGUUGGCCAAAAAAAAAGAAGAUAAAAAGAGAGAGGGAGAGAGAUGUGGAGGAAGAGGUGGUAACAAAUAGGGAAGGAUGGAAGAAGUAUAUUCAGUGACAGUAAAUAAAUUCACGUCCCAUACUCAAACAAAACAUGCAAAU